AGACCGAUAUUUGACGUUUGACUGACGGACGACCAGAAUGAAUAUUUCUGGGUAUGACAAUCUACCAGACGAAUCACCUCCUGAACACAAACACAAAAGGAAUGACAGUACAAGAGAGUUGAAUGGAAGUUAUAUACUUGCUUGUAGAGGAGAAGAAAGUUUGGAAACCAGUGGAUUUGACCCUAUGUCUCCGGUAUCUUCUAAAGGGAACCCUAAGGUUUAUAAAGAUUUGACAGUGUACAGCAGCAUCGCUUUGGACGACUCUGAUUAUACCAAUGACACCACAGAAGUCAAACCAAAACGUUCUAGAAUUAUACACGAUAGUAUUGCUGAUAAGUCUCUACCCAACCCUCAUAAUACCACUGAUGCACCGCAUUGUAGAAUCUGUCAUGAAGGAGACGAAGAGGAGGACCUCCUAUCGCCAUGUUUCUGUUCGGGAUCUGUCGGAGCUUUACAUAUGUCAUGUCUUGAAAAGUGGUUAGGAGCAUCCGAUAAAACAAGAUGUGAAAUUUGUGGAUUCCAAUUUUCAAUUUCGAAAAACCCCAAACCAGUCACAUGGUUCCUUAAAAACAAGUCACUAGGAAGAGAACGAAGAUAUUUAAUUGCAGAUAUUGGUUGUGCCAUUUGGUUCACCCCAUUUACAAUCGGUUCCUUCACUGGGUGUAUGAUUGGUGCGAGCUACUUUACAUCUGUCGACAAAGACUGGCAGGCAACAACACUAAUUCUUCUAGCCAUGAUAAACCUGUUGAUUUUCUCUUUGUGGUGUGGGUUUACAAUCAGGCGGAACUAUAUUCUAUGUUCAACAUGGCGAGAAAAUUUUCAGGAGAUAAAAAUAAAAUAUAAUCCACCCGACAAAAAUAAUAACAAACAAACUGUCAAUCGAGGAAAUUCUGUCACUGACCGAAUGCUUCUGGAAAACAGCUUUAAAACAGUGCAUGCGGAAAAGACUUCUCCCGAGUUUCCAGCAAAGUCAAUUAUCAGAAAAAUAACUUAUGAAACUUCCCCAAAGCACAGAAAACACCACUGUCAUAUAGAACUUGAAGAGGAGGAUUCGUCGACUCUGCAACCAGGAACGCCUUUUCCGAAGCGUAAACAAAGUUCAAAAAUGAAAAGAUGCUGUGCUGAAAAAACAAUGACGGAAACUAUUCCAUCAACCGAAUUAACCAUUUCAGAAGGUAAAAAAGUACGUCAAAUUAGAAACAAACGUUUUGAUCAUCUUCAAAAUAAUUCAACUUCUACUCCAGCCAAAUCGAAUUCUGGAAUGCAUAAUAUUUUCGAUGAAAACCACUGUUCUGCUACACCUAUACAACGGUCACCGUUUACCCUUGUGCCUUAUCAAAAUAUACAAUCCGAUAUAAUAUAUGCCAAUUCUGCUGCUGUAGAUCAUCCAGGCAUGUUUGUGGAAACUCCUUUUGCGGUAAUGCAUACAAACGUUGCAACUCAAAGUGUGGCGAGACAAGGACUUCUUUUCCAAGCUCCACAAAUAGCCCAAAGGUGUGAAGAUGCCAUUGUGAUGCCACCCGACGAUAUGGAAAUGGAAUAAACGACGUUAGCUAGAAAAUUACAGUGCUAAAUAUUGUGUAAAUAUUGUUAUAUUUUAUUUGCAACUGAAAAUCAAUCAUUAUUUGUCAAUUAAUUACAUGUAUCACUAGUCUU